CCUCGCGCUGCGUUGGGGGAGCCGUGAGUGCCGUUGCGAGAGGUGUCGCUGCUGCAGCCGGAGCUGCAUGCAGAUCCCUUGGCAAAUGCCCGCGCACCGCCGCUGUGACUUUCGUCUUGCUCGGAGCUGGUGCUGUCUACGAGGUUGCCACUCACACCGGGCAUCACCAGUCGCAACUGCAGAUGGAGGCCGACACGGUGAUCAUCCAGCGGCUCCCGCCUUUGACCACAUACCACAAGGAGGUGGGUGCCACAUCAGGAUUCUCCUGGAGCGAGCUUGAUGAAUUGUCUGAGGACGCGAAAUUUCAAACAGACGCGUUGAUGUCCCAAGACGCACCAGCUCGCCGUCCUUCGAGCGGAAGAACGGCUUCCCGCCUGCCGCAAGCGGUGAAAAAAGGUCACAAGUUGCGCGGUAGUGCAGCUAAGGCCACGGCGGCUCGACGUGCAGCAGGAGUUCGCGGCACAAAACGAAACACGAAGGCUUCUACGAACAAGACGAGGAUCGUGAAAGAGAAUAAGAUUCGCCAGGAGCUGCAGGCUCGUCGUGGCGAAAAGAAGACCGAGAUCGAGAAAAAGAAAGUGAAUACCCUCGGUAAAAACGUCCGAAGCCCAAAUUGUGAAGUUUUUUUUUAUCUUUUCCAGUACAUACACACCCCCUAGUGGAGAUUGGAAAAUUUAGAAAUUUUGGCGCUCACGCAUGACAUCAAAGACGGGUGUGCAGCAUAGUCUAGUGAAUAAGCAUCACUGACCGAGCCUCUCAUCCUGAUUAGAAAGCACUAGCAAAUCUUCCAAGACGACUAGAAAACGCCACUUAUGAAGACCUGCAUGAGCAGGAGAAACAUACUGAGCAUGCAGAGCUGCAUGACAAACCAGGGGUGCGGACGUUUUUACUCAGGAUACUGAAGACGGAAAAGCGCCGUGGUCUACCUCGUCGUGGCGGCAGCAGCAGAGCGCGCACGAGCAGCGACAGCGAGGACGUGGCGCAGAAGCAGAACGAAAUUGCGAACGCCGGCGUGACGGAGGCGUACUAUGCGAACCAGGUGCGGAUGAUUGUGAAGGAGAAAAACGCUGGGCGCUCCGAACUGCGUCGCCGUGGUAGCGGACGCGAUAAAAAAGCCACGGGGAGCGGUCCUGACCCAAACGCCGCAGCUGAAGCUGUUCAAGAAUUCCAGAAACUCCCGAGCAACAGCUCUCAAUGGCGGGACAUCGCUGGGGUAUUCGGUUCAGAGUGGCAGGAGCCGGGGGGGGGGGACCAAGCAACCAGCGGUCCUCGUGGUCCGCAGGCUUCCACUUCCCGAGGAAGCAACUCGGCCGCGGAGAAGAAGGACAAUUGAGACCAAGCUACUCAUAUCAGAAAUGUCCUUCUUGCUGAUGGUGCCUGUGGUUGAUGUAUACAUGCAAGGAAUUCAAUCAUCCGGCCUAAGGCCCUUAUUUAUGAUACAGGCCAUCAAAGCUGCUGCCUUUGCAGCUGCGGAGCGGAAGAAAAUUUUUUUCGAUACGCAUUGCAAAUGGAAUCGGCAAGUUUCUAAUAGCGGCAAGUUGUAGCGGAGUUGUACAGAAGACUGAGCAGAUGCUAAAGAUGAAAGAAACUAAGUACUACAUGUCAACAUUGUAUAGAUACACAGUCAGGAUUCAUGAUCUUCAGUGACCCAGCACAUCGGUGACGACUUUGUCAGUGGUGGAUUGUGGUUUCACUGUUGUAACAGUAGUAGUUUUAAAUGAUGAAGCUGAUGGUGAAGCACUUAUACAUUGUGGAAACGCAGAUCGCACAGACAGGAACAAAAGUCUGAGCAUCUGAAUUUCAAUCAUGCGUAUAUGACAAAAACUAGGAGGCGUUAUACUGCUAGCUAUGGUGCCCUGCACGGCAAAGGAGAGCCAGAACUGCAGACCAAGACCAACUCGAGUGUUUUACUCCGCACCAAUAUCAACUGUAGGAUGGAUUCACAUUUAUGCUACUGCUUGAGUCGGUAGAGUGAGGAAAUAAUCACUAAAUCACGAGGUGCAAUUAGCGAAAAUUCUGCUAUGAGACAGGGAACGGAAUACAAAAAAGGAUGUAUCAGUUAUUGUCUCGGUGAUUCAUACAAAAAACGAUUGUGUUAUUCUAAACAGGUACUAUGACUCUCACUAUGAAUGUAUGAUUGAUGUUUUGCCUCUUUGCUUUUGCUUAUAGGCACCUUCUGUAAAAUGAAAAUGUCCCGAGAAAGAAAGACAAAGAUUCUCAUUUACAAGUACUACUUCUUAUUGGGUAAAUUCUUUAACUUCUGACGUUGUAGUAGCGCGUGCAUGUAAAACCGGCAUCGACCAGGAGCGUCAGUCUCACCGACAUCAAGAAAAAUAACGUCGCGCCCAGCGCGACGCGAUUUUUUGUUGAUGUGGUGUUUGUGCUUGACGCAUAUAGAGGGACCAGGAACCAAAUCAGACGCAGCAUUAUCUCCGUGGGUAUCUAUAAUAACUUUUGUUGUCCUUGUGUCCACCACAUGGAUAACUAAGUUACAACCAGCGGGGAAUAAGUCUAUAAAGCGCUGCCGUUGCAAUCUAAAAAUGUGACGAGAACAAAUCUGGGGUGAGCAGGUACUAGAUAUAGAAAUGAAGACUUGUCGAAGAAGAAGUAAUAUCAGGAUCAACAGAUGAAAGAGAUAGCGAUAUGGGUCAAGCACCCAAGUGCAUCCUAUAGUGGAGGUAGUCGAUUAGAAGUUAAUUCAUUGCCGGUGAAUUACGACUCGGGGACGGGUUGUGGGAUAAAAAUGCGUGAGAAAUCUCGCCAUCCGUAUCCGUUUUCUGAUUAUAACUUCAACUUGGUGAUGAAUUUGGAU